UUGUAUACGUAGCUGUAGGAAUAAAGAGAGGGAGACAAGGUGCUUCAGUUAAAUUUAUCUCGCCAGCGUCACUGGUGAGACGUCGAGUGGAUACAUUUGUUAUUAGGCCGACUACUGUAGUUUUUUUGUUCUAAACGGUUUGUGGAUAAACGGUAGAUACCAGCGUUAGCUGGUCUGGAUCAUUUGAAAUAAUCGCGGGAAGGAUGCUGGUUUAUUCCUGCACGUCUGUGUGUGACUGACCGGUUGUACAUUUGACACCGCAAAACAAGCUGUCACACAGAAGUCCAGAGUAAAUGGAAAGCUCUCAUUCUGUUGAUAUGCAAACAGUGCAGCGACGGUUGAUUCAUUUCCGCUUUUGAGGGAAAUCAACAUUACCGUGGUAACGAGUAUUACGAAGAAAAACAGACAGUACACUGAGUAGGUUAUUUUCACAUUUUAAAAAAAUCCACGACUAGCUUGCGCUACAUCAGCAAAUUUGCUUUGUCAGUGCCUUGCGGGCGAUUAUAUUCAUUCAGCAAUAACUAUGGAACAAAACUAGAUAAAAUCGGUUAGUUUUCGUUUUCUAAAACAACGGAAACAGCGCCUUCUGCUUUUGCUGUAAUUUUUUGUCGAACUAUUGUUUCGUCGAGCACGCGAUGAGUGUACUCGCGCAUCGUUCUUUUUAUCAAGACCGUCACAGCUUCGUGCCGUCCACCGCUCCAAAGCGGCCACAGAGCUGGUCCAGCUCGGGACUUUGCAGCGUCUAGCUCGGCACUGCGCUUGACGUCAUCAUUCUCAAGACCUGGCGCGACUGAACUAGCCAGAUGUCGGACGGUCCAAGACAGAGGGGGAAGGCAACUGCGGUGGACGGGGAUGGCGAGUCCGACUGCAACAAGGGCACGGAAAGCUCCGGGGUGGCUCUGAAGAAAGAGAUCGGUCUCGUGAGCGCCUGUGGCAUUAUAGUUGGUAACAUCAUUGGGUCGGGGAUCUUCGUGAGCCCGAAGGGGGUUCUGGAGUACGCCAGCUCGGUGGGCCUGGCGCUGAUCGUGUGGAUCGUCACGGGGGUCAUCACCGCCAUCGGGGCGCUGUGCUACGCCGAGCUCGGGGUCACCAUCCCCAAAUCUGGAGGGGACUACUCCUACGUCAAGGACAUCUUCGGUGGACUGGCGGGGUUUUUGCGUCUCUGGAUCGCCGUGCUCGUGAUCUACCCGACCAAUCAGGCAGUGAUCGCGCUGACCUUCUCCAACUAUGUCCUGCAGCCGCUGUUCCCCACCUGCCUCCCUCCCGACGGCGGGCUCCGCCUGCUGGCUGCUGUCUGCCUGCUGCUGUUGACCUGGGUGAACUGCUCCAGUGUGCGGUGGGCCACAAGGGUGCAGGACGUCUUCACGGCCGGAAAGCUGCUGGCUCUGGCGCUCAUCAUCGUCAUGGGCAUUGUGCAGGUCUGCAAAGGGCAGUAUUACUGGCUGGAGCCGGCCCACGCGUUUGAGAGUUUCCAGGAGUACGACGUGGGGAUGGUCGCCCUGGCCUUCCUCCAGGGAUCCUUCGCCUACGGCGGCUGGAACUUCCUGAACUACGUCACCGAGGAGCUGGUCGACCCUCACGUUAAUCUUCCUCGGGCCAUCUUCAUCUCCAUCCCGCUGGUGACCUUUGUGUACGUCUUCGCCAACAUCGCCUACGUCACUGCAAUGAGCCCCCAGGAGCUGCUGGCCUCCAACGCCGUCGCUGUGACGUUUGGGGAGAAGUUGCUGGGGGUGAUGGCGUGGAUCAUGCCCAUCUCUGUCGCUCUCUCAACUUUCGGAGGGGUCAACGGCUCCCUGUUCACCUCGUCCCGGUUGUUUUUUGCAGGUGCCAGAGAGGGUCACCUCCCCAGCCUCUUGGCGAUGAUCCAUGUCAAACGCUGCACCCCAAUCCCAGCCCUGCUCUUCACAUGCUUGUCCACCCUCCUCAUGCUGUGCACCAGUGAUAUUUACACCCUCAUCAACUACGUGGGCUUCAUCAACUACCUCUUCUAUGGAGUCACUGUCGCCGGGCAGAUCGUGCUGCGCAUCAGACAGCCCGAAAUGCAUCGGCCAAUCAAGGUGAGCCUGCUCUGGCCGGUGGUGUACCUGCUGUUCUGGGCCUUCCUGCUGGUCUUCUCUCUGUACUCUGACCCGGUGGUGUGCGGCAUCGGCCUGGCCAUCAUGCUGACCGGCGUGCCCGUCUACUUCCUGGGCGUGCGCUGGGACAACAAGCCGCAAUGCUUCAACGCCUUCAUCGAUAAGAUGACGUAUGUGGGGCAGAAGUUCUGUGUGGUGGUGUAUCCGGAGGGGUCUAAGGCCAGGGAGGGAGAGAGGGAAGGAGAGAAGGAUGGAAAGAAGGAGGAGCGAUCCCUUCUUGCAGAGGAGGAUGGUGGAGCAGCAGGAUGCUGAACUGAGAGAGAAUGUCACACACACGUACACACACGCGCACACGCAUGCAUAUACACAUGCACUCUUAUAAUUGAUUUAUUGCUGCCAUCUACUGGCUGAUGUGGGAAAAGCGCUUUUAAUGAUAGGAGACCUCUGCAGGGUAGAGGAGACUGCACUGAAUUUCUCUUAAUGCAGGCAGGCGCAUCGAUGGACACACGCUCACAGGUCAAGACUCUCAAAUUAUUCUGAUCACCGAGGUAGCAUAUCCCAGCUGUGUGCUGGAAGCAGAGCCUAUGUCCGCUGCGUCUCCUGCCCCACUUCAGGGUAUUAAUCCCCCUUCCCCCGCCCCACACACCCCCACCCCUGUCCCAACCCACCCUGAAGAGAAUCUAACCCAGUCACAGACUGCCAGCAUAGUUUUUACCUCCUCAAAUUAGAUAUAAUUUAUUAUGUGUUUUAGCUUCAGAUCCUCUGUUUUUUCUUUUUUUACCAUGUGAAAUUCCAAACAACCCACCCCACCCCACCCAAGGGGAAGAUGUACAAUGCCCUCACAGCUGUUUUUAUUAUAAUUAUUUUUCUUUUUUUUAAAUGUUAUUUUAAAGUAAUUGUUUUAUUGUAAACCAUUGUGAACACAAGGGUCUAACUUUAUGUUCAGAUUAUAGGAGGCAGAGGUAUGAGACGGUAUGGAUGUUUAGCUGAAAUCUUUCUGGAUGUUAUCUAAUGUAGGUCUGGCUUGUUUUGUUUUUUUAAAUUGCCUUAAUGAUAAUGUCAGUGGCACUGUUGUAAUGACUGUAUCAGAAUAUUUAUUCUUUUUUUUUUUUUUUUUGAGGAGAUCAGUGGUAUUGAGUCGCAGGUCAGGCACCUACUUUUGACAGGGAAUCGAAAGAUGCAAAACCAAAAUCUGAUGCCACCCAACACCCAAAAAACACCAACCAGUCGAUCAGCUGACAGACAGACAGCCGUACAGACAGUCUUGCAGGGAGACUGAUGUCUGCACUGGGAAAAUUGAGGAGUGUGUGUGCAGCAGUAACUUCAUCCCAGAUAUCUGAACGAGGGAGAGAAAGAGAGAAAGAUACAGCACUCAUUUCCUCACACACUCCGAUUCUUCCAGCACACUUACAGCUGUCCAUAAAGCUCAGCUCAGGCCAAACCCCUGACCUUUGACCCUCGGUAUUGUCGGAUUGUCAGGGCACUGAUGACUUUGUGCAUUUUUGAACUGACAAUCGGUUUAAAUAUGCAAAUCGCGGGGGCGUGUGGUUUUGUUUCGUAUUUCUGUUUUAUCAGUGAUGAUGUGCUUUGGGGGCAGAAACUGUAACAUGUGACUGUGAUAUGCUGUACGCUUGAUAUAGGCACUUUAGCCAGCCAAUAGAAACGGAGCAUUGGGAAACAUGCAAUCCAUGCAAGUCUGUGUGUAUUGGCACAGAUUGUAUAGAACAGGGGUAUCCAUACUGAUCCGGUGUGGGUGCAGGUUAUUGUUUUAGUCCGGCACUACGAUACCCGAUUCAACUUAUCAAGGUAUUGAUUGAAGACUGUGAAGACUGAUUUUAGUCCAGCAAUAUGACACCUGAUUCAGCUAAUUAACCAAUCAUGGUCUUCAAUCAAUACCUUGAUGAGUAGAAUCAGGCUCGUGUGUGGAUUCCUUAGCCAAUCAAUGACUUAAAUUUAACACUUGUGCUGAGAACACCCCAAAAACCAGGAGGACCAGGACCUGGGUUGUCCACUUCUGGUGUAGAGACUCCAGAUCACAGGUGUCAAACGCCAAUCCUGGAGGGCUGCAGUGUCUGCUGCUUUUUGGGGUGUUCUCUGCGCUAGCGUUUCAUUUAAGUCAUUGAUCGGCUAAGGAAUCUAAACGCCUUGUUCUCAAGGCCUUAAAUUGGCAGCUGAUUGCAAGGAAACCACAAAACCCGCAGACAGGACGGCCCCCUUGAGAUUCAGUUUUACACCUCUGCUCCAGAUCCUCUGAGCUAAUUCCGUUCAAUUGCAUCCAGUGUUCCAUUCCAUGUUUUUAAAUAAACUUCUAGUCGGGUAAUAAUGUGGAAGCCAUAUCUACAGCGCAUCUCCCAUCCCGGAGUCUCACUACCCUGUUCCUCUGUACGCCAGUGCAUCUGAACCUCACUAACCCGAUCCGUGCACUUUCUUACCUCUCUAUACCAGGGAUGCUGAAACCUAGCCCUUGAAUCCGAAGUCCGGCCCUGGUUUUCUUUCCUCCCAGGUAAUGAGCUGAGCAGUUAGCAGCACCGAUUGGCCAGACUGUAUUCACACCUGGCUCCCGGGUAAAGGGAGGAUGGAAAACCCGGCAACUCCUGGCCCCUUGAGGACCGUGAUUUGAGGAUCAGGGCUCUAUACCUUUCGCUGCACUGUGAAGAUGAAACAGGAUGGCCUGCGUGCUUGUCCCGCUCAGCUAUGCUUCUCUGAGCUGAACUGCGCAGCAGUCAUCCUACCCAAUCAGACACUUGCCUUGAGUAAAAUCCAAAUGCUGUUUGCCGUAUUUUUAUUUAUUUAUUUUUUUAAACCCUGUUCCCUUGAGUAGUGGCUGGAUAGUGAUUCUGGACAUUGUAUGAUAUACUGGGUAAUUUUGGCACGUAUAUACUUCCGUGAAACAUGAAAUGCUGCAAUACCGAGAAUGUCUUUUAAAGUAUUUUCUUCACAGAACACUUGACGCAGAAUCGCUUUCACAGAGAUGGAUGUUUUUAUGGAGUCAAUGUGUAUACUACUUAAUUUUUCUAUUAUGUUUUUUUAUUGGCUUGUAAAAGCUGACUGUAUUACCAAUCAGCCCAGCUCAUUCACACUUUUUUUUUUUUUGUUUUUUUUUGUUUCACACACACACACACCAUUGCACACAUGACCAUGUAUAUACGCGCACACACACUUUGCACUGAAGCAUUCUUCACUGGAAUUAUUUUAUGUCACGCACAUUUUUAAAAAAUAUAGUUUCCACCGAAAAUAUAAAUGUAUAUUUGAAGAAAUAAAGACUGUAGAACUGAAUUAA